UUUCCACUGUCUGUGUUCAGUUUGUGCAGCACAAAUUCAAUCAUUUUGGAUCAAUCAACUACCAGGGUGUUUCUAUUGCUUUCACAACGACGCUGACGAAACACUUCCUGUAAAAGACACACCGGAACCGAAAAGAGGAAGAGGAAGGACAAAAGGAAGAAAGAGGACAGAGAGCUGAUGGACACCUCAGAUGAGAACUGUAGUCCAGUCAUCGUCGCGAACAGUGCUUAUCCGGUACGGUGCACUGAGGAAGCACUUCUCCCUUUCUUCACAGAUGAGAGUCUGCAGGUCGCCAUGUACUCACAACACCCUCCUGCCUCCCACAGCGUCCCUCCUGUUCUCCCAGAGCUUAGGCUGGUCCUCCUGGGCAGAAAAGGAGCAGGGAAGAGCGCAGCAGGCAACACCAUCCUGGGAGGAGUAGGGGGGUUUGAGAGCGGGAAGCCCACAGAGGAGUGUGUGAAAAGGCGAGCUGAUGUGGCAGGGAGAAAAGUAACGGUGGUGGACACUCCAGGGUGGGAGUGGUACUACCCACUGAACAGCACUCCCAACUGGGUGAGGAGAGAAACUUUACGGAGUGUGUCACUUUGUCCUUCUGGACCCCACGCUGUGCUUCUGGUUGUGCGAUCCUGCGCCUCAGUAACAGAGAAGUACAUCAGUGAGAUAGAGGAGCACCUGGAGCCGCUGGGAAAAGGAGUUUGGGAGCAUACCAUGCUGCUGUUCACCAGGGGAGACGAACUAGGCAUGGUGUCCAUGGAGCAACGAAUUCUGACGAGUGGCCCAGCACUCCAGAGACUCCUCCAGAAGUGCGGGAACAGAUACCAUGUCGUGGAUAACCGGAACAAAGGGGAUGGGAUGCAGGUUAAAGAGCUGAUAAGGAAGGUGGAGGAGAUGGUGGAGGGGAAGAAGGAUGGAAGCAGUCAUUUAGAGAUGGACAGUACGGUUCUGUUGGGCCUGGAAGCAGACGGGAAGAGGAGAGCGAGGGAGAGGAGGAAGAAACAGAGGGAGAUGGAGGCACAGAUGCAGAGAGGGACCAUCAAAGCUGCUUUAAUGAGCGAUGGUCUUCAGGGUUCCGAGCUAGACGCCCACCAGUCAUUCUCCAAGGCUCCCCGGCGUUUACCUGAGGUCAGACUGGUUCUCCUGGGCGAGCGUGAAACAGGAAAGAGUUCAGCUGGGAACACCAUCCUGGGAAAAAUGGGCUUCUUUGAGGCCGGGGUGGUAACAGAAGAGUGCAUCCGUCAGCAAGCAGAGGUGGCCAUUCGGUUGGUGACGGUGGUGGACACUCCAGGCUGGGAGGCAGGUGUAGCAGGUGCCACACCUGAGAGGGUGAAGAGGGAGAUUACCAACAGUGUGGCCUUGUGUCCACCAGGGCCCCAUGCGCUCCUGCUGACUCUGAGGGUGGAUACACUUGUGAGGGCGGGACAUGUGAGGGAACAUCUGGAGCUCCUGGGCGAGGGUGUGUGGAGGCACACGAUAUUGCUGUUUACCCAUGGGGAUCAGCUUCGAGAGGGGGUGGAUAUUGAGCAGCACAUCCAAGGUGGAGGCAGGGACCUCCAGUGGCUGCUGGAGAAGUGCAGGGGCAGGUACCAUGUCAUCAGCAGCGUAGAUGGAGGAGGAAGAGGAAAUGGAGGCUCCAGCAAGGUGACGGAGCUCCUGCAGAAGGUGGAAAAGAUGGCCGCAAUGAACAGGUGUGAGGCUUUCUCUGGCCUGGUUCAGGAUGUCAGGGAUCUGAGCCGGCAAAGGAACGAGAAGUUCAACCAGCGUCUGAAGGAGAUGGGAGAUAAAAUGCUUCGUCAGGAGACAGAGUUGAAAAAUAUGAGGGAGAGGGAGAUGAAAAGCAUCAGGUGGUUUUUUGACAGGAAGAAAAAGGUGAAAUCACCCGGAAAGGCCGACAUUCAAAGGGAAGAAGAGGAGGAUGAGGACAGGAAGAUUGGCGUAGAAAGGAAGAAUGAUAUUGGGGAUCUAGAGGAGAGGAUGCGAUGGCUGACAGAGGAUAAAGAGAGAGAAAUUCAGGAUCUGAGCAUAGAAAAGGAGAGGAUCUGCAUAGCACUAAACCAGAGUAGGAAAGAAAAAGACAAUGCAAUGCACAACUUGGAGCAAAAAGAGAGAGAGAUUGAGGAGCUAAAAGAAAGAAUUGACGAGCAACAACUGAAGCUGCUCGACCUUGAACGUGCCAGUGUAGAAAAUGAACAUGAGAGGAAGCAGAGGGAGGAUGCCAUAAAAGUAAAGACACAAGAGUGGAUGAGUGAGGUGAAGAAAAUGGAAGAAAACAUAGAGCUGCAAAAGAAAGAGAAAGCAGAAUGGAUGGAAAAGGUUGAUUCUUUAAAAAAAGAAGUUGACGAGACUAAAAGACACUAUGAUAAUGUGCUCGAGUUAAAAGCACAAGAAAAAGACAGGGAGAUGGCAGAGAUGGAAGAAAAACUAAAGAACGAGAUGGAAAGAAAACUUCUUGAAAAAGACAAAGAACAGGAAGAACUGAGAAAAAAAGCUGUACAGGAAAAGCAGAUGACUCUAGAUAAUGAAAAACUUAUGGAGAAGAAAGUUGAAGAAAUGAAAUCACAACAUAAGAAAGAGAUAGAGAGAAAAAUGCACGAGAAAGAGACAGAGAUACACAGCAUAAAACUGCAGCAUCAGGACGAGAUGGCCAGAAAAAUCGGUGACAUGGAAAAAAUUAUGGAGACAAUGAAGGUUCAACACCAAGAAGAAAUUGAUCAGAAGUUGAAAGACAAUACAGAAUAUUUACAAAGGUUGAAACAACAGCAUAACAAAGAGAUGUGGGACAUGCAUCAAGAAAAACAAAGAGAGAUUGCAGAGCUGAAAGAGAAGUUUGCAAAAGAGACAGAGGAACAAAUGCAAGUAAAAAAGAGGGAGAUAGCUGACUUAGAACAAAAGUUUUUCAUCCAAAUAGAGGAAAACAUACAAGAAAAUGAAAAGGAGAAGGAAAUGAUUCAUCUAAAUCACAAGAAAGACAUGGCACAAAAAAUGCAAGAGAAUGAAAUAGAGAUAGAAGUGUUAAAAUUGCAGCAUCUGGAAGAAAUGUCAAGAAAAAUUAACAAAAUUGAAAAACUAAUGGAAGAGAAGAGAGUUGAACAGCAAGAAGAAAUGGACCGAAAAGUGAAUGAAAAGGAGGAAGAUGUGGAAAGGGUCCACAAACAGUACAAUGAUAAAAUAAGGGACAUUGAGCAAGAAAGACAAAGAGAGAUUAAAGAGCUGAAACAACAGUUUGCAGAAGAAAAUGAGAAACAACUGCAGGAAAGACAAACAGAGAUAAGAGAGUUAGAGCAAAGGUAUGCCGCCCAAGUAAAAGAAAAGGUGCUAGGAAAUGAAAAAGAGAAGGAAUUAAUGAAUGAAAAUCAUGAAAAUUACAUUUUGCAAAAAAUGCAAGAGAAAGACAGACUAAUAGAGGAGUUAAAAUAUCAACACACCAAUGAAAUCAAAGAAAAAAUGCGAGAAAGUGACAUGGAAAAAGAAAGGCUUGUUAGAAAUCUCAAGACAGAGAUGGAGCAAAAAGAAAAAGAGAUAGAGGAGAUAAAACAGAAUGUCAAAGAAAUGAAGGAAGAGCUGCAACAAAAGGAAGAGAAAGAAAUUGAUCAUUUGAAUUACAUGAAAGACAUGGAUCAAAGACUGGAAGAAAAGGAAAGGGAAAUUGAGGAGAUGCAAUUAAAUUUCAAAGAUGUGAAGGAAAAGCUGCAACAAAAGGAAGAGAAAGAAAAUGCUCAUUUAAAUCACAAGAAAGAGAUGGAGCAAAGAUUGGAGGAAAAAGAAAAAGAGAUAGAGGAGAUAAAACAGAAUGUCAACAAAAUGAAGGAAGAGCUGCAACAAAAGGAAGAGAAAGAAAUUUAUUAUUUGAAUUAUAAGAAAGAGAUGGAACAAAGACUAGAAGAAAAGGAAAAGGAGAUAGAGGGGAUAAAACUGAAUGUCACUGAAAUGAAGGAAAAGCUGCAACAAAAGGAAGAGAAAGAAAAUGCUCAUUUAAAUCACAAGAAAGAGAUGGAGCAAAGAUUGGAGGAAAAAGAAAAAGAGAUAGAGGAGAUAAAACAGAAUGUCAACAAAAUGAAGGAAGAGCUGCAACAAAAGGAAGAGAAAGAAAUUUAUUAUUUGAAUUAUAAGAAAGAGAUGGAGCAAAGACUGGAGGAAAGAGAAAGAGAAAUAGAAGCUGUGAAAGGAUGUUUAAAAGAACUUGAGCGACAACUGCAGCAGAUCAAAGAGGAAAGAGAAAGAGAUCAUUUAAAUCACAAGAAACAGAUGGAGCAAAAACUAGGAGAAAAACAAAGUAUGAUAGAGAAACUGAAUCAGCACAUAAAGGAUACUGACGAAAUCCUGCAGAAAAACGAGGAAGAGAGAGGCGAAAUUAUCCUAAAUCAAAAGAGAGAGGCAGAGCAACGACUGCAAGACAGAGAACGAGAGAUGGAGGAGAUGAAACUACAGCUUUUAAACGACAUGGAGCGAAAACUAAAAGAAAAGGAAAGUGAGAUUGAAAGUUUUAAACAACAGGCCGACUCCAGGGAGAUGAGAUGGAGGGAAGAGCAGAGGAAGAAGGACGAGAAAGCAGAAAACGAGAUGAACCAACUGAUAGAAAUCAUUGAGAAGAAAACAAAAGAAUUAACACAAGCACAGUGUCAUCUUGCGGAGAGAGACCGUGAGAUCGAUGAGGCAAAAAUAACAUGUGCAAAGUACUUGGAAGAAAUUGAAAAGCUAAAAGAAAGCAGUAAAAACCAAACCUCCAGUAUCAUAGAGAUACAGCGGUGUCACACAGAGCAGGGAAAGAAAAAAGAUGCUGAAAUGAUGGAAAAACUUCAGGAGAAAGAAGAAGAACUUGACCAAUUGAGGCAGAGAGACAGAGAAAACAAGAAAGAGAUCACCCAACUGAGGCUAACAAUCGAGCAAACAAAGUCCGAGCUGAAGGAGCUCAACAACAAGAUGGAAAAGGAGAUGACAAACAUGAUUCAGGAAUAUGAAAAGGAGAUUGCAAGAAAAAAUGGGAACAUAGAAUCCAUUGCCAAGGAGAAGGAUUGCACUAUAAGUCGUUUGGAGGAAGAGAGUCAGCAAAGCAUUUUGGACAUCACAGAGAAAUACGCGGAAAGUCGGAGGAGAGCUGAGGAGCUGCAAGAGCAGAACGAGAAGAUGAGAAAAGAGACGGACAAUCUCAAAAUAAAGUGUGAGGAGCUGAAGAAGGAGAGUGAAGAAGAAGUUAGAAAACAUCUCAGUGGAUAUGAACAGCAGGUAAAGAGCAAAGAAGCAGAAAUCCAAAGCAUUCUUGAAGAGAAAGAUGCUGAGGUCAAGGUGUUAAAGGAGGCAAAUGACAAACUGCAAGUAGAGAUGGACAGGAUGAAAGAGAGAGAAGGUGAGGCAGAAAGACUGAUGAGUGAAAUGAAAGAGCAUUUCCAGAAAGAGAUGAAGGAGAAACAAAGUGAGUUCAGAAUGAAGGGUGAGGAGAUUGAAGAGGAAUUCUUGAAAAGGGAAAAAGAAGUAAGGGAAAGGGAACAGGUUCUGAGUAGAAACAAAGAAGAGCUGAACAAAAGGGGACGUGAACUUGACGCAAAGGAGGAAGAGCUCGUUGAAAAAGAGGCAAAGUUAGAAAGUAAGGAACAAGAACUUAGUGAAUGGGCAGCAAGUCUAGAAAAACAACAAAAAGAUCAGGGAGAUAAAUGUGAGCAAGAUGUGAGCAUGAGAGCACAAACUAUGGAGAAAAAGGAGAGGGAGCUAGAAAACUUACUCAGAGCUCUGGAAGGCAAACAGAAAGAGCUAAAAUGUCACGGUCAAGAUCUACAGACGAAGGUUAAAGGGCUGAAAGAUCAAGGGAAAGAGCUGAAAGAUAGGGAGCAUUACUUAAGAAAUGAAGAGCAGGAGUUGCUCAGCUGGAAGGCAGAGCUGCAGAUGCGAAAUGAGCAAGUUAACUCUACAACGCAGGAGCUAGACGAGAUGGGGAGAGACUUGGCUUUGCUGAAGGAAGAACUUAACAACAAAGAGAAAAUUUUAAAGGUGUCAUUUAAGAAAUUGAGCAAAUGGGAACGGAAUCUUAAGGAACGCGAGGAAGGGUUGCAAAAAAGAAAUUUGGAGAACGGACAACAUGAGGUUGAUGAUAAUGUGAGAGUCUGUGAGGGGGAUUCUCUCGAUCUGACAGCUGCAGUUGAGUGCUCAGAAGAUGACUUGCAUUUAAUGUACCGAGAGGUCAGUGAGAGAAGGGUCAAGGGAAGAGAGUCACAUAGAGGAGAAAGGGAUAGGGAGGUUCAGAGGAUGAAAACAGCACCGUCAGCUGCAGAGAGCAAUAACUGUCACCUUGAAACACUAAAAGAGAUAGAUAUGGCUGAGGAAAAGGAAGGGGUGAGAGGAAGAGGAGUACAGAUGAGGAUGAAACACGGCAGCAAGGACCUGGAAAGGGCAACGGUCGUUCCAGAUUUAGAGUUUUUAUCUGCGAGUCGGGCUCACAGAAGCUCAAAUGACAAAGAGUCUCCUGGAUCGGAUUUGAGGGUGGUGGUGUUAGGGGAGACCUGGUCGUCUCGCUCCCCAGCUGGAGUCACCAUCCUGUGUGGAGAGGAAGCCAAACUGGACGGGUCUACCUUCAGGCCAUGGAGAGGUCAGAUAGCUGGACGUCGCCUUGCCGUCGUGGAACCGCUAGGUCUGAGGUGGCGAGACGGCCCAGAUCCAAACAACACGGUGCAAAGGAAAAGCAUUCUUGACAGUAUCUCCUGGUGUCAUCCAGGGCCUCACGUCGUCCUCCUGCUCAUGCCGGCCUUCAUGAACUGCACACAGAAGUACAGGAGAGCGAUAGAGGAGCACAUGCGAUUGCUCGGGGAAGGAAUUUGGCAACGCACACUGGUGCUGUUCACAUGGGGGGAAAUUUUAGGGGAGAGCACAGAGCAGCACAUCCUGAGGAACGGGGAGCUAAUGGGGCUCGUAGAGAGAUGUGGGGGCAGGUAUCAUGUAGUGAGCAGCAAGAAAGGCAACUGUAUGAUAGAGGGAUUAUUUGAGAAAAUGGAGGAUAUGGUGGCUUUGAACAUCGAAGAGCAGUUUUGGGAGUAGAACUGUAUAAAUGUAUCAUGUAAAAACAGUGUUUUUCAUUUUGUAAUGUGAAUAUUUUUAAUAAAUUUAACCAAUAGUUGCAAAAGUA